CGGGUCGCACCGGGCCCGCUCGCCAAGUCCGGCUCCGAGCAGCCAAACCCAGCCCCCUGGGCUCGGGGUGGGCGGGGAGGGCCGACCGGCCGGGCGCCUCUCCUGCAGGGAACGAGAAGACGAGCGAAACUUUCCUCCCCGGCGACGGCAAAGCGCCAGCGGCCGCCGAGGCGAAAGCUGCCGGCAUGGGCCCCGAGGCGCUGCAGCUCGGCACCUACGGCGGGGCGGCUGCCGCCGCCCUGCUCUUCUGGGCUGUGUGCUUGCUCUGCAGGAGGAAAAGGAAGACUGGAGAGCCUCCGCUAAUAAAUGGAUGGAUUCCUUACCUUGGGAAGGCUCUGAUUUUUAGAAAAGAUGCUUUCAAAUUCUUAAUGGAUCAGCAAAAGAAACUUGGAGAUGUUUUCACUGUACAUAUUGCUGGUAGAUAUAUUACCUUUAUCAUGGACCCAUUUCAGUAUGUGUAUGUCAUCCGAAAUAGCAAGCAACUCGAAUUUCAUGAAUUUGCUGAUAAAAUGGCUUCCAAAACUUUUGACUACCCAGCCUUGUCAAACGGAAAAUUCCCCGAUCUCAAGGAAAACCUGCACAGGAUUUACCAGUAUCUACAAGGCAAACCUUUGGAUAUCAUUUCUGACCACAUGAUGAAAAAUCUCCAGGAUAUAUUUGAAUGGAAAUGCUCACAAGCAACAGAUUGGGAAACAGAAAAAAUGUACAAAUUCUGCUGCUCUGUAAUGUUUGAAGCCAGUUUUGUAACACUAUAUGGAAGAGUUCCUGCUGCAGAUGGCCACAAAGUUAUUAGUGAAAUCAGAGACAAAUUUAUCAAGUUUGAUGCCAGCUUUCCCUAUUUAGCUGCAAACAUACCAAUUGAGUUGCUAGGAGCUACCAAGAAGGUUCGGAAGGAGCUUAUACAUCAUUUUUUACUUCAGAACAUGACAAAAUGGCUGGGAGGGUCAAAAGUGGUCCAAGCCAGACAAGAUAUAUUUGAGAAAUAUGAGCUGCUUGGAGAUUAUGACAAAGCAGCACAUCAUUUUGCCUUCCUGUGGGCCUCUGUGGGAAACACAAUUCCAGCUACAUUCUGGGCCAUGUAUUAUCUUCUACGGCACCCAGAAGCUCUUGCAGCGGUGCGUGACGAGAUUGACCAUUUGCUGCAGUCAACAGGUCAAAAGAGAGGGCCCACGUAUAACAUCCACCUCACCAGAGAACAAUUGGACAACCUGGUCUACCUAGAGAGCGCCUUAAACGAGAGUUUACGAAUGUGCUCGUCCUCCAUGAACAUUCGCAUCAGCCAGGAGGAUUUUGUUCUGAAGCUCGAGGGGAAUCAAGAAGUCGGUUUGAGGAAAGGAGACUGGAUAGCCCUUUACCCGCAGAUUUUGCACAUGGACCCUGAGGUCUAUGAAGAUCCAAAGGAAUAUAAGUUCGAUCGAUACAUAGAGAAUGGUAAGAAGAAAACCACAUUCUACAAGGCAGGAAGAAAACUGAAAUAUUUCCUAAUGCCCUUUGGCUCUGGGAUCAGCAUGUGUCCAGGGAGGUUCCUUGCAAUGAAUGAGAUGAAGAUGUUUCUUUUCUUACUAUUGGCUCGUUUCGAUGUAGAACUAGUGGAAAACAAAGCUGUCAGACUUGAUAACAGUCGUAUGGGCCUUGGUAUCCUCCUGCCAGACGUUGAUAUUGACUUUCGUUACAAGCUAAGGUCCUUAAGAAAGUGAGCGGCUGCCUGUAUGCCUGCUACUAAUCUCCGUAUUUCCUCUGUUUCAUCACUCAGCUUUGGUGGUUUUUUUGGAAACAUUUGCUUUUCCCUCUCUGCUUUUACCUCCUUCCUGUUUGUUUCUAAGGAGAAAAGCCUUUAGGCUGGAGGUAGAUGUCAGAUGCAGGGACAUGCAACCUCCAUUUGUCCUGCCUGAGUUGUGAGUAGUGAGGCUGAGAUGACAAAAGUUUGGCCAAGUAAAUAGCUCAAUGUCCCUACAAGACAGACUCUCAUACUCUUGGCCAGGAGUUGAGUAGAAUUUACAGAGAGGAUGACAUCAAGCUGAAUCCAGGCCAUUUAUAUGAGACGCAGGCUCAACAAUCCUCCAGCACAGCGGUUCCCCCUUGUUACAUUGGGAGGUCCCAUACACCCACCACCUGGAGGCAUCUCUGCAUGUGCUCAUAGAAGCACGACAGCAAGAAAGGGAGAACUUAGUCCUAUGUCCUUUUUUUUUUUUUCUCUGUGUGGGGUGGUGUGGGAUGAUUUGUAAGAGUGUCUUACUGGCAAACAUUUCUGAUUUCAAUUUUAUGUGCUUUGGGUUUGGGGUUUUUUUUGGGGGGAGUUGGUGCAAUACAAAGAAAUUAAAAUCUGUGAUUUUUUUUCCUGAAGUCCUUUAAAGUCAGUAGCGAGGUUCAGUUUGUUUUAAUAGGCUUUGGAUCAAGCCUAAAUUAUCUGUUAUGGCUUUUGAGACAAAAAAGAAGAGUAUAUUCUUCACGGAGAAAAUAUAUGAGCCUGUUUGAUUUGAUUCAGUCAUCUCAAAAACUACCUUCGGUUUGUCUCACUGUUUUUCCAGUAACACAUUCCUGUGUUUCUUUUCACCUUUUCCUGUGUUUGUUCAUUUCUCCAAAAAGACAAAAGCAAAAGAGGGCUUCAAGGGCAAGCGUGGUAUCUAAAAAUACUUUCUAAUGGUGUUUUACUGCUCCUGAGUCAUGCAUAGGCAGAGUAGUGUGACCUGUGUUCGGAAACACACUUAUCAAUCUCCAAAUUGGAAAAUACACUCUUCCCUGUUGCCAAAACUAGAGCAAGUGAAAACUGUGGGCAGCCACAGAAGAUAUCUGUAUACUGGCUACCCAGCCUGCUUCACUGGAUGACCGGCUCAUGUUUCAAAAAUUAAUCUCCCAGUGUACAGGGUCUGAGAUUUUUAGACCCUGUCUCUCUUCCCAACCCUCGUUUUGGAGACUGGUGAGGAUUCUCGUGGCUUCCCAGUCUCAACUUGCCAAGAUGACAGUUGUGAUGGGAGAGUAGCCAUGUCUGUAGGCCUUGCCUUGCGUGCCCAAAAAACAUCUCUUUGGGAUGUGCCACCAUAAAGUCUUUUAAAAUAGGGAAUCUUACUCUUCUGUAAAGCACUUGAUGGUCUAUGGAUAGGAACUGCUGCAUACAUACUAAGGAUUAGAAUUAUUUAUUGCUACUUGUGUGGAAGCCUGUUUAGUUAUUCAUCUAAAGCACAUACCCUAAAUAAGCAUCAGUGGAAAGCCUUUCUGAGAUUGGCACAGCCACAUUCCACAUCCUCCAAGGAGAAAAUUGUGGUUUUGUGAGAUAUAUUGGAUAAACAUUUUCUCUUCAUAUAUAAUAUCAGUAAUGUCUACAGUGUUGGAAUAUACUUACAUUAAAUGGGCUUUGCAGUUGAUUAAAUACUUUAACUUUGCUUCACCAUUUAAUCAACAGCAAAAGCUGAUUAUUGCUUUGUGACACAGAAUAAAAUUUGUUUUUAUGGAGAGUUACUCAAGUUACCUACUGCUGUAGUUUCCUCUGUAGGAGCUAUUCUGUGCUCAGACAUAGCUCACAAUCCACUUUGGACAUUAGAGCUUGGUUUAUUGAGAGAGGAAAUGUUGGUAUCAUUACACUGUUGACUGUAUUCCAUUAUUGCUUAAAUGUAAGCUGUAAAAUGUCUCAUGCCACAGUUAUGAUAAAUCUUUCCUUGGCAUCCAACUUUGAAACAAACCUGAAGCAACUGUGAAAAUAACAGUAGGUAUUUGUUUUAAACAGAAGACUUUUUUUAUAUAAUUGUAUUCUAUUUUUAGGGUUUUGAAUUAGAAUAUCACAGACUGCUGCAUAAUUUGGUAGGACAUAAUAGGACUGUGCCAAAAGUACAUGCAAAUCAUUAGUAAUUUCAGAUUAAUUGCUAAUCACUUUGUAUAGUAUCUAUUUAGAACUUAAGAGCUAGAUUUUCUCCAAAAUAGCAAAUUAAAUCUGUAGGACAUGCCUCCAUUUAAAAAAAGGGGGAAAAAAAGGGUCAGAAUCUUUCCCAGGAUUUGCAGGAAACCUCUGUGAAGACAUUUGGAGGCCUUGCAUCAGGGUUGGAGAACACUCUUUGCACCACACGAGAGACCAGUGUUUUUCUGGGAUGAGAGUUAGUUGCUCUAAGAAGCUGGAUGGGCCUUGCUUUAUGUUUUGAUUAUUUUGAGCCCUGAGCUUGUCCUGGAACUGUGUCUGUGGUAACCCAUGCUCCUGGUAGAUGAGUUUUGGUGAUAAGCACGGCAUCACUCCCUGAGUGUGCCCCAGCUGCAGAGGAGGUAGGCCUCACCCCCACGGGAAGUCAUGAGAGCUAGAGCAGGACAGAGGAAUUGUUAAGCCCUUCUGGUCCAGGUACUCAGCAGCUGAGGAGGUGACUUAGCAAGAGUUAGCAGUUGUUCUGACCAGGAGUGACUCAGUCUCCAUGGAGCAGGGAGUGAAAGGUCCAUGGUGUCGGUAUUCCUGAUCAGUAAGUCAAAGCAGCAUAACAAGAUGAGCAUGCACCAUCCGUGGAGCCAAGCUGGCCACAACGUACUGCACCAAGAAGAGCACAUUUCAUGACAUAAGGCAGAAGAACGUUUUUUAUGACCUCCUCAGUCACAGAAACCAGGAGGGAACAACUCUCAGUGUCUUGCACUGAGGCACUAAGAUGGCAAAAUCAUCUAAGCAAAAAAUAGCAGUGCUGUUUGGAGGUGCCGGAUGCCAACGGUGCUGGCGGGAUAAGUGAUGGGAGGCAGUCUGAGCUUGUGCUUCCCUGUCCCUCCUCUCCACCUCAGCAGUGAGGCCUGCUCUGCGAGCCCAGUGCUGCCUGCUUGUCUCACCCACUGACCCUGCAGGAGCAGGCGUAGUCAGACAGGAGGAGGGUGUGAUGCCCCUUGAAUUUCUCUGCUGUGCCUCUAGUGCACUGGUGCACUCACUGAUGAGUUUAAAAUGUGACACGGCCGGUCAGUACCAGCCUCUGAAUGUAAGCCAUCACUGCCUCUGGCUACAGUCAGAAUAUCUUCUGCUAUUUUAAAAAAAAUCAUCUUUUUUUCUCUCAUAGGUUUACUAAGACAGUAUGGCCCCUAAUCACCUUUUUUUCUUAUAUAAAAUAGGCUUACUACAUCAGUAUGAUGCUUUAUAGCACCUGGGAAGAAAAGUGAAUUCACCACAAUUAAUGUGAAUGCUAAAAUAUGACUUUUAUUAUUAUUAUUUUCAUUUACAGAUUGUAUGUUCUCCAUUUUCUUGCUGGCACUCACUACUGCAAUAAGCAAUUGUAAACUUUUUAAACUGUCGCAUUACUUAAAAGACCAUGCUAGUCUCUCUAUGCCUUUUUGCAAAUUAGACUUUCUCAUCUCUGCCAAUAUGUCCUAAUGUGCUAAUAUAAAACCGUUUAAGAGUUGUUUGUUAGUUGAUGCUUUUAAGCCAGCUGCAUGUCACUGUUUUUGGCGUUGCUAUUUUUAUGAAUAAUUACUGCUCUGUGAAUUUCUCUUGUAGAAUCAUAAAUGAUCUUUUAUUUCAUCAUUAUUGAACUUUCUGACAUUCAAAAGAUUGUGAAUUGCUCUUAAUUGUGCAAACUGACAUUUUGUAUAUAGAUGAACAAUGGUUAGGUUCUACUUUAAUAGUUAAUAUCCAUCAUUAAGAUUCUUAGAUCAAAUAAGGUAUAUUGUGAAU